AUGUAUACUAGAUUUAUGUACAAUAAUGUCUCCAGAGCUUGCAUAUCUAUAUUCCGCAACUCUUCGGCACAACCAAAGCAAAUUGAACGUACUGAGAUUGGGAAAGCUCUAUAUCCUAAUAGAAAAGAGGAUAAAACAGGUGUUUCCAGACUAUGGGAUAAAGUGAAGAGCUUAGUUUCUUCAGAUUCUGAAGAUCCAGACGCUGAAACUGAGAAAUAUUUCCAAUUUUCGGUGGAAAGGCUUAUGGCCUCCCCUGGCCGAUUCACAUUUGAGAAGUUUCAUACGUAUCUUGAGGAACUUUGUACCAAACUGAGGAUCAUUGGAAAACGUACUAUACCAGAGAGUGACAUAACAGGACCUUUACUUCAACUUAGAAACCAAUAUCGCAUGAUGUCAGUCUUGACAAAAACUGAGCUGGAAUCAGAUUCAUAUAAGGUGUUCAGCUUUGAAAAUAAACGUCUUAUAGCCCAAGCUACUAAUUUAACUAUAAAUGAUGUCGAAGAAAUGCUACUACAUCAUGAUGUCUGCAAAACGGAUCGCACAUGGUAUUUUAGGAGACUCGCUUUGGGACGCUCGCUUCCUUCAUCGCAUUCUGAGAGAGAAUUUUUAGCAUACCAACGCCCUAUAGGUCGCUUAGCGCAACAGUCAUAUCCAAAGACAGACUCUCUCGAGGCUAUAAAGGUCAGAGAAACCUGGGAGAAAAUACCAUACAAAAAACAACCGUAUGUGUUAUCCACUAUACUAAAAGCGAUAAUAUAG